CAUCUACCUAAAAACAAAGAUUAAAAUUGUAGGUAGACCAUAAUGUGACGCCUGGAAGGCAAUUUGGAAUUUAGUAAAAAUUUCGCAGAUAAACAGGUUGUGAAGCUGCAUGAAGGUGUUUCCACGAAAAGGAACCUAUCGAAACAAAGGGUCUUUAAGGGAAUCAAUUUUAAACAGGCCAUCUGUAAGGGAUUAGGCCAUCACCGUUCUCCAUGAAUCUAGCAGCAAAUGGAGGUGAUCCUUCGGGAGAUUUGUUGUUUGCUAACUUUAAUCAGGAUGUAACAUCCCUGGCUGUAGGAUCCAGACUUGGGUACAAGCUUUAUUCACUGAGUUCAAUUGAAAAGUUGGAAGAAAUACACGACUAUGACAAAGAUGAUGUUUGCAUUGUGGAACGUCUCUUUUCAAGCAGUCUUGUUGCAAUUGUUAGUUUGUCAGCUCCAAGAAAACUCAAAGUUUGUCAUUUCAAGAAAGGAACAGAGAUAUGCAAUUACAGCUACCCAAACACGAUUUUAGCAGUAAAACUCAACAGAGUGAGGCUUUUGGUUACCUUGGAGGAGAGCCUAUAUAUUCACAACAUAAGGGAUAUGAAGGUCUUACAUACAAUAAGGGAUACCCCUCCGAAUCCAAGUGGCCUGUGUGCACUGUCAUCAAAUUCAGAUAACUGUUAUCUUGCAUAUCCUGGAAGCAAUCAGAUUGGAGAAAUUCAAAUUUUUGAUGCUGUUAAUUUGAGAGCAGUAACAAUGAUCCCAGCUCAUGAUUCACCAGUUGCUAGUCUAACCUUCAAUUCAUCGGCAAAUUUACUCGCUUCAGCUUCAGAAAAGGGCACUGUCAUACGAGUGUUUUCGAUACCAAGUGGACAAAAGCUGUUCGAAUUUCGAAGGGGGGUGAAAAGAUGUGCGCAUAUAUACUCGCUGUCGUUUAGUAUGGAUUCGUUUUUUUUGGCUGCUUCAAGUAACACGGAAACUGUUCACAUAUUCAAAUUGGAAGCUCCAAAAGAGAAAACGGCAGAUGAACCCCAAAGCUGGGUUGGCUAUUUUGGCAAAGCUUUGAUGACGCCGUCAAAUUUUCUUCCAUCACAAUUUACUGAAGUUUUGGCUCAGGAGAGGGCGUUUGCUACCAUCAAGCUGGCACAUGGAGGACAUCGAAACAUUUGUGCUCUUGCCUCGAUAAACAAGCUCCCUCGAGUCUUGGUAGCAAAUGAAGAUGGGUAUUUAUAUGUUUACAAACUCGAUCUUGACGAAGGUGGAGAGUGCUCGCUAUUACGACAACACAGAUUGCUUCCGGAUGGACGAGAGAGAUCUGGGUCUGCUGAUUCAGGGAGAGCCUCGAGUGGGAUGGCAAUCAGCGCUCCAAAGUCAGGCCAAGCCACAGCAAGCCAUUCAUCACCUCGUUCGUUAGAAGGACAAUCACCUAAAAGUGCAAGGGGAUCAAGUUUCAAUGAGGGCAAUUUAAAGCUCAAUGAUGAAACUGAAUAUCCCCCUUUAACAGUCCAUAAUGAGUAAACCCAGUGAUUACGCAAUAGGUUGUAAGAAAAUUCCACCAUGGCUUUGCGUCUACCGAUGUAAAUCCAUCUAAACUUCAGAAAAUUGUGGAAGUUACUGUGCUAUUUUUCUAGGAUUUCAUUCAAACAGCUGCAUCCCAGAAUCCAGUUUAAAACAGCUUUUCAGCGAUAAGAGGCUGUGUUGAAUAUUUAUGGCUAAGAACAAAAUUAGCCAAAACAAAUGAACUAAAACAAACACACGAUAUUGUUUUAGUUUCGAAAUCAUGCAUAUUACCUUCUCCCUGAGCACGAGACCCUAUGAAGUCAAAUGUCCUGCCAAAUAACUAGAUUUAUUCGUCAGCAGAAAAUUUAAAACCUUGCUGUGACAGAUAGAAAUCCGACGAGCAAGUUUGAAAUGAUUUCUUGUCAGGCUUUCAUAUUUAUUCGAUGCAAAUAAUGUUUUCUGCGAAAAAUCUAAAGUAAGUAAAUUGUUGCUCUAUUCGAAACGUCUGUAGCUGGAAUUGAUACUUUAGCUUUUUCCAUGGUCUAGACAACCUCAAAAUUAGCAUUUCUUUAGGUCUAAAAGUCUAGUUUAGAAAAAACUUAUUAAGUGCCUUUCCAGGAGUCAAUAUUUCUUUUGACAUUUGUAACCAACUUUAUAUUUAGAAAGCUUCGUUGGUUCGUAUCUACAAAACAUUUCCCUGUCAUUAUAUUUGUUGUUUGUAUUAGAUGUUAUUGUUCGUUGAUAAUUAUUUGAAUGAUUUUAUUUGCUGUAAUCCUCAUUUCUGUCCGUAAAAGAUUGUGGGUCGUCUUUUGUUGAAAUCUCGUUUAAAAUUUUUAACGUUCCCAUUUUCUCCAAUACCAGUUUAGAAUGAUUACCUUAGCAUCAGAACGAAAAUAGCAUUUGAAUAGCUCAAGCUUCUUGAUGUUUCAAUCAAUCCCCUAUUUUAUUUCAGUUUGAACAAUAGUACGCCCGAAAUAUAUAGUAUUUGUAAUAUGAAAUUAUUUUCAAAAAUUGCUUGAAAAUGAUUAUUUGUGGUACUAGUCUUUAUCAUUUUCCACGCUAACCCAGCAAGGAAAGUAAAGACCAUCUGGAGACAAUUUAAUUUUGAUUAAAUUAUGUUUUUCUUUUCCCUUAUUUGUUGUACCUCUUCCUUAAAUUGAAACUCGUUUUGAAUCUUUGUUGAUGGAUUUUUUUGUAUUUUUCCCCUUUAAACGCAAUUGAGAUAGUUGAUGCCAUCUUAUAUAAAUUGUAUCAAGCUUCAAUUGAUUUUUAGCAUUGAUUAAAAAUAUACAUAAUAAUAAAUUUAUUAAUGUACAAUUUAUUCUUUAAUUGAUCUCCAUUAAUCUCUAUAUAAGGUCGCCAGUUUCAAUAUGUUCACAUUUAUGGUACUUUUCUCUUUUCAUCUGCAAUCAGAAUUCAGCUUUGAUGUUUUUUCUUUUAUCAGUUAACAAUUUUGUCAAUCUUCAUUGCUUUGAGCUUCAAGCUUAAAUUUUAUAUUGUUCCUCGAUAAAUACUUUUUUAUUUUGCUCCUCCGACAAUUUUCCGGUGUUACAAAAUAUAAAAGUUUCAAGUUGUUUGCUAAUUCAAAGCGAUACCAUUUUACAUAAGAUUGACAAGUUGUUGAUAACAAAUAAAUCUCUAUAUAUUUUAACUUUUGAUACUGUCACACGCCCUUUUGUUAAAUAUUUUUCACAAGGGUAAAGAUGCAGAUCAGCUUUCCUCGAGUGUACUCCGUUUGAAGCUUUUAAUUUCGUUUUGAAUGCCUGAAUCGUAGGGACUUAUUUCAUUUCCGAGUCAAGUCUGUUACAUGAGCCGAGUCUUUUCCAUUUCAGAACGAGUUAAAUGAUCGGAUUAGUUAAAUGAUCGAUUAUAUCCAUUUUUCAGUCUUAAUAUCAUAUAUAAGGAAAAAUAUAUUUACAAGCCUUGAAUAAGUAAUCGAAAUUAUACUAACACUUGCACUUAAUUGCAUAUUAUUGAAAAUCAUGCCGUUGACGUGGGAUUCUAAUACUUUAUAGGGUUUUAUAUAGUUUCAUGAAAUGCAAUUGUACCAUCCCCGUAGAGGCGCAGUCAUUCAGUUUGUCAGGUUUUGAUAAAUACCGUAAUCUAGUAACAAAAAAAUCUUAAAUUAUCAACAUUUUGCCACAAAAAAAUUCCCAAGAAAAGAAUAUUACCCAAUACCAGAUAGUCGAAAAGUGGGAUUAGUAGGUGCACCAGCCCUUGUACUGCCUGGAGACAUAUUUCUAUUGACUAUGCUGGAGAUAACCGAUUUUUAAGGUUGGUAUUACGUCACCGCUCGGAAGAUUUUUCCGACUGAUGCAUCCGCCCAUAGGACGAAAAGGUCUUCGGGAAAAGAAUGAUAGUCAUAUUGAGAAAAUGAGAAUAUAAAGAAACAUGUACUCAUGCUUCGUACAUAAAAGGCUGGGAAGCGACGUCGUACUGUGAUUAUAUUUUGUAAUGAAUGUAAAUCUAAAGAACUUAAAAAGAUAUAAAAAUUCAAAAAAUACACACACUUGUCAAAAAAAAGAUCAGACUGACUCCCUUUCGACCUAUAAAUUUAACUUUUCUGACCAUCCCACACAAUCCAUGUAUUGUUCUAUAGAAACAUAGAUCUAGAGUUCCUGUGAGUAUCCCGGCAUGCAUUAUUACCCAUAAUUCAUCAUACUCAUAUAUAGCCCUCCACGUGCCUAGAAAACCUCGUGGACACGGUAAAGACUUGCUGUCGGAGGAACGAACGGGAGGCAGGCUUUGCCUGGCCUUCAAUUCACCUCUGGGGAAAGUCCCCGGACCCAUGGCAGAGAGUGCCAUCCGUGAUGGAAUACAGUCUCUCUUUUCUUCAUUUGAGCCAAGAC